AUGGCAGCUCCUCAACAGCUUGCUUUCCGAACGGUCAAAGGGAUUGGCAUCUUGGAUGCGGCCCCAGUCUAUGAGCCUUUGUCGGGGUUUGUGAGACCUGAGGGGAACCUCCGCUGUAGCGCUUAUUCUCCAUGCGGCAGAUAUUUUGCCUGGGCUUCUCCCGAGAGGGUUACUAUUGUCGAUCCUUCUGUUGGACACGUCGUCUCUACGAUUUCUGCCGAAAAUGUCUUUGAGCUGGGGUUCUCCCCCUUGGGAACCUACCUGAUCACUUGGCAGCGACCCUCCAAGGACGCCAACGGAGACGCCGUCAAGAACCUCAAGGUCUGGAAGGUGAUUGAAACAUCGCCUGAGAGCAACGGAGACGAGCAUACGGUUGUGGGCAGCUUCGUUCAGAAGUCGCAGACAGGUUGGAACCUCCAAUACACGUUCGAUGAGAGCCUGUGUGCUCGCGUCGUCACCAACGAGGUUCAAUUUUUCCAGAGCGACAACCUGUCAAAGGUCUGGAACAAGCUGCGUGUGGAGGGUGUGUCUGACUUUGCCCUCUCCCCCGGCAAGAACAACUCGAUUGCUGUCUUUAUCCCUGAGCGCAAGGGUCAACCAGCAGCGGUCAAGGUGUUCAACGUGCCUCAGUUCGGAGCGCCCAUCUCCCAGAAGAGCUUUUUCAAGGGUGACAAGGUCCAGCUCAAGUGGAACAGCAAUGGAACGACUCUGCUGGUGCUUGCGCAGACCGAGGUCGAUCGCAGCGGCAAGAGUUACUACGGAGAAACAACUCUGUACCUGCUUAGCGCCAAUGGUGGCUUUGAUUCGCGUGUGGACCUUGACAAGGAAGGUCCGAUUCACGAUGUGUCCUGGAAUCCCAACUCCAAGGAAUUUGGCGUUGUGUAUGGAUAUAUGCCAGCGAAAACCACCAUCUUCAACUUCCGGGGAGUGGCCAAGCACAGUUUCCCUCUGGCACCUCGCAACACCAUCCUGUUCUCUCCCCAUGGACGUUUCGUGUUGGUAGCUGGCUUCGGUAACUUGGCCGGGCAGAUGGACAUUUACGACUUGGACAAGAACUACAACAAGGUGGCGACCAUUGAAGCGUCGAAUGCUAGUGUCUGCGAAUGGUCGCCGGAUGGACAGUUUAUUUUGACGGCUACCACCAGCCCGCGCCUUCGGGUGGAUAACGGCAUCCGAAUCUGGCACGUGAGCGGUGGAUUGAUGUACAACGAGGAUAUGAACGAGCUGUACGAAGUCGUCUGGAGGCCCCAGUCAACCACCCAGCACCCGUUGGGCGACCCAUUCCAGACUCUCCCCACACCCCACCCGUCUGCCCUCGCCUACCUGAGCACCAAGAAAGCGCCCGCAAAGCCAGUCGGUGCCUACCGUCCCCCGGGCGCUCGUGGCCAAGUCACACCUCUUGCGUUCAAGCGCGAAGAUGAGGGAGGUGCAGCCUACGUUCGGGAUGGCGCUAGCGGUGGCAGCGCGCUAAACGGAUUUGGCAAGCCUCGCAGACGCGAGGUGCCUGGCGCAGAGCCGGUCGAGGAAUAUCUGCCUCCUGGAGCCGCUCCCGGAGGAGGUGUGGCUCUGCCACCCGGUGCUGACCAGGAGAAGCUCUCCAGGUCGGCGGCAAAGAACAAGAAGAAGCGUGAAGCCAAGAAACAGCAGCAGCAGCAGCAACAGCAACAGCAGGAUGGUCUGGCUCCUCCCGCGAACGGCGGCCAGCCCGGACAGAGCCCCGACCGUCGCGGCCACGAGCGAAGCCGAUCCAAGGGCCAGAACGGCCACGUUGACGGCAAUGCCCGCCGCAACGGCCACCAAGCUAACGGCGCAUCACAGUCGGCCAAAACGAAACCCGCCGAGGCGCCUGCACCCGCUCCCGCCGCUGCAGACGCCGCCGCGAACCCUACAGCGCAAGACAAGAAGAUUCGAGGACUACUGAAGAAGAUCCGGGCGAUCGAGGAGCUGAAAAUGCGACUUGCGAGUGGGGAGAAACUGGAGGAUACGCAGGUGAAGAAGAUCCAGACUGAGGACGCAGUGCGCAAGGAACUCGAAGCUUUGGGAUACAAUGGAUAA